CGGCUGCGGGCAGGCGCACGGGGAGGAGGCGCCCUCGCCGUUGCCCGGCGCCCUCGCCUCCCGCGUGGGGAGGCAGUGAGGGAGGCCCGGCACAGCUGCCAAGCGGCCAAGGGAUGAGCUGGGGCCCGCCUUCCCAAUGGCAUCUCCCCCUGGUCUGGAACUGAAGACACUGAGCAAUGGUCCCCAGGCCCCAAGGAGACCAGGUCCUCUGGGUCCAGCGGCCCCACGCAGGGAGGGUGUGGAGAAUGCCUGCUUCUUUUCGGAGGAGCACGAGACUCAUUUCCAGAACCCUGGGGAUGCCAGACUGUGCAGCUCCCCCAGCCCCCCUGAGGGCAUCCCCUCAUGGCCCCGAUCCCAGAGGGACGCCCUGUCCCUGCGUUCAGAAGAGGGGCCAGGCCUGGAGCCUGUGAGCCGCCCGGUGGAUUACGGCUUCGUUUCCGCUCUGGUUUUCCUGGUGAGCGGGAUCCUCCUGGUGGUGACUGCGUACGCCAUCCCCCGAGAGGCGCGUGUCAACCCGGACACAGUGUCAGCACGGGAGAUGGAACGACUAGAAAUGUACUAUGCGCGCCUGGGCUCACACCUGGACAAGUGCAUCAUUGCAGGCCUGGGGCUGCUCACAGUGGGCGGCAUGCUUUUGUCUGUGCUGCUGAUGGUCUCCCUGUGCAAGGGAGAGCUGUACCGCCGGCCGAACUUCGUCCCUGGCAGGGGCUCCAGGAAGACCUACGGCUCCAUUAACCUGCGCAUGAGACAGCUCAGUGGGGAUGGGAGCCAGGCCCUGGUGGAGAACGAAGUCGUCCAGGUCUCGGAGACCAGCCGCACCCUCCAGGGGUCUUAAGUAAGAGCCCACCCUAUCUGGCUGCUUCAGCUUCAGGGCUACAAGGCCCCCAAGUCUGGGGUUUCGCACUGAGCUCCACAUAGGGCCCCGUGGAGUCCUGGGUGCUGGAGGAGGAGCUUGGGGCCUGGCCCAGGCUUUGCUUGGGAGAGCUGCCCCGGAUCUGUUUUGUAGCUUGAGGUUUUGCAUAAGGUUUUGUUUGAAGGAUGGCUUCUGCUGCUAAAAA